AUGGCGCAGUCUCAGUGCCUGGACGACUCGCUCUUAAGGGCCAAGUCAACGCACACUGGGGCCGCGCAGCUUAACCUGCAGGAGGUGUACAACGAAAGACACCGGCUCGCCUUGGAGGAGCUGCUGUCCGGGGGGGUUGACAGCUUUCUGGCUUUUCUUAGGAAGGAGUCCAUCUCCAACUUCCUGUCAGACGAUGAGCUCCGGUGGAUCCUGGGUGCCUCCGUGGCCCCGUGGCGCGUGUCGGUGCUCGGCGAGGACCAAGGGCCGACCGAGCAGUCUCUCAGCAGCUCGCUAGAAUGCUUGUCAGUGACUUACUUCCCCGAGGUGUCGGACGUGGAGCCGCCGCCGUUGGAGAUCGGCUGGCCCGCCUUCACUGCGGGCUCUUACCGUGGAGUCACCAGGGCCGUGGCUCACUUCCAGCCAAGUUAUGGGGAGAACGUCUACGCCUGCAAAGAAGCUGCAAGGAAAAUGAUCAGGAGUGCCAGAGAGGUGAUUGCCAUAGUUACGGAUUCCCUGACAGACCUGGAUAUCUUUAAGGAUCUUCAAGAGGCAUGUUCUGUCCGCAAAGUCCCCGUUUACAUUCUGCUGGACCAGUCGAGCUGUUUCGCGUUCCUCAAGAUGUGCAGAAACAUUAGUGUUAGCCUGGAUGACCUUCAGCAAAUGAGAGUAAGAACCAUAACUGGCACGACUUAUUACACAAGAUCAGGAGCAAGAAUCACUGGGAGAGUUCAUGAGCGCUUCAUGCUGAUUGAUGGGAAUCGUGCAGCUACAGGUUCAUACAGGUUCAACUGGACUGAUGCCAAAUUGAACACCAGCAACUUAAUCGAGCUUUCUGGUCAGAUAACGGAAAAGUUUGACGAAGAAUUCCGGAUUCUUUAUGCACAGUCUCUUCCUUUAAAUAUCCGAGGUCCUCCAAGUGUACAAAACAGUGGAAUCCCUGAGCACAUUCCCAGCAAGCAUCUGCUCACCUCCUCCCCAUACCUGAGGAGGGAGAGGUCCCUGGAGCAAGUAUUUCUGACCAGCACACCAGGCCAUAAAAUCAGCACUUUACCCUUCCAGCCUCCCUGUGAGGGCUCCGCUCCAGAGGCGGGUCAAAGCAGCAGCGGAGCAUCAAACACUUCGACUAUUGGCGACGCCUGGUUGGAUUGGCGGCAAAUGCCAGAAGAAAUCCUGGCCUGUGGUAUGAUUCCCCCAGCAGGGGAGUCCGCAACAGGCAAGCCUUUACCCCCGAGUGUAGCGUCCUGCCACGUGGCCACUCAGACCGGUUUAUCAGUGGCGGACGGGGAUGGACAGACAGACCUGCAACUCACGCAGGACCCAAAUCCCACACUCAGCCAGGUCAAGGCCACCUUUCUCAGAGUGAUCAUCCCCAACCAGGCAGCUCCAGCUGGCAACCUGAAGGACUGCCUCAGCAAUCUGACCAAAGAGCGCCAACACCACUACUCAGCCAUCCGCUCCAAACUGGAACACAUGAUGGCCAGCGUGUCACAACGGCAAGAGCUAGCAGACAUCGGUGUAAUGACUCAGGGUCGACGGGGGUUACACAAAGAGAUGCUGGGGGCAGACCCUACACAACUUGCUGAGAAUGCAGUCAUGGUCACAUGGCCAACAGCCAGAUGUGUACACUAGAUUGCUACUCUCACCCCCCCACUCCUGUUCGGGACACGAGGAUAAGGGCUGUUGUGGGAUUUCUCUGGACUGCUGUACUAGAAUAUCAUCUGUUUUGCGUUGGUUCUUUGUUUUUGUCUGGUGCUAUCUUGUUGCUGUUCUGCUGUUUUUAUUCCCUGCUUUAACGGUUGUAGAAUAAUAGUUGAUCACACAAUGUUGAAACUGUGCAAUACUACUGUUACUGUAAUGAAUAACUUCCAGAUGUAGAUGAUACACCAUCAGUUAGAGCAGAGGUCACCAAUAUGGUGCCCACAGACACCAGGUAGUUCCAAGGACCACGUGAGUAGCCAACAAGCUGUUCUAGAAAUACUUCACCAGUGAGAUGUAACUAUUUUUUUAAAAACACUCUUGUAUUGACAUAAAUUUUAAAAUAAAAUUUAGAAAAAAUGGUAUAGUUAUUUCGUGUUCAUGAAGACAAGUGAGUCGGGACAAUAAUGAUGAAGAGGUGAUUCCCCACAUAAUUUGAGCAGAUUUAUUUUAGAAGCACGCAUCAAACUGGUUGCAGUUCACAUCCGGUAAAUUAGUAGCAUACCUAAGAAGUUAAUUUUGAUUUCCAAAAGGUCGGAGAGCCUGCGAUACAGAAAAGAUGAUUGAAAGUGCGUUGUGGGUCUUGAAAUCAAAUGUGGUUGUGGUAAAUGCAUCUAAAUAUACUUUCCUAGUGUGCUUUGCUAAUAAUAAAGUGGCCUUUUUGAUUCUUGAUUGA